AGGAAAGCAUGGCGCUUGUAUAAUGUGUUCAGGAAAAUGUUCCAGCGUGUACAUUGGGGCUCCAGACUCCUCUAGCGUGCGAGGCCCGUUGGGCUGACACAAGGGUCCUUGCAGUUCUUUCCGAUGUCUGUCGUGCUGAAGGGAAAGUCGUUUUGAAGCCUAAUAAGGCAACACAUGUGCUAAGACUUCAUGGUGCAUGUGCUAUUAAUUUCGCUGAGCUAAACCUUUUUAAUGGUUGGAGUAUCACAUACCCCUGCUCGUAUCUGAAGAGCUCUGCAGCUCAAUCCAACAACAAAUGUUUUGUGUUUGUAAAACUCCUCCUCGAUUAAUAGCAGUGGGCGCAUUUAGUGUCUAAACGCUAGAAUGCAGUCGGCAGAGUCUGGGUCCCUUCAGCAGCCAUAUUUAACCCAUUUUAAAUCACGGCACAUGCCUUGCACGUUCAUUCUUUUUCCUCUCAAAAGUAUUUGAUCCUCUUCCAAAACACAGUGGUCUCUGUGCGUGCCAAAUAGUACAUACACGCUGUUAUGAGCAGGUCGAUUUGAUUGUGAUAGGGCAGCAAUCGCGUCUCCCUUUCCUUCCUGUCACGGACACAGAGCUGAACUUUUUGCGAUUAGGUGUCACUUGGCUGUUCUGGACCUUAAUGUGCGUGGACCGAGUCUUUUUUUUUUCUUUUCCUCCUUUGUCUCUCGUGAAAAAUAAAUGCUUCCGCUGGAUGUAAUAAAACGCCGCAUUAUUGUUCAUAACUGCACUCAGGACGAACAUGAUACGACUCAAACGGCCUCUUCACGAUUAUAUGGGCCUGAUCAAAGCCAGUGGUCAGAGUGAAGUGUUUUCAGGAUAUAAUAGCCGGGCAGCUGUGAAAAUGAAGAUUUAAUAGCUACAAUUAAUAACUGUAACGCAGAGAUAUCGAUAGGCCCCACCAUGCUACUUCGGCAUCGUGAAGUGUGCACGCCAACACAACUUAAUACCGGCUAACAUUAUUAAUUGACGUAUUUGGUUACCUUGCGGGCUCACAUGUCGCACAAAGAGAGGGUCAGUGUGUGGAGACAGCACGCAGGCUUUUGGAGUAUGCUUGUAGUUGAUCUGUAUUUAAGGAGAUAACACUGUGGAUAAUUUGAUAUAAUUUGGGAGGAAGUCGCGGUGAAAGAAAGCCUGCUUGGUGCGUUUGAAGGUCCCAAGCACUGGAGAAAAAUCCAUCUUAUGUCAGUUUAAUAUGUACGUGGCUUCUUGUAUGAUUUUUUAUUUUAUUCCUUUUAGUCAACUCAUUUUUACUUACGUCGUUUGGAAUAUUUCCCUUUUCAAUGACUAUUGUUAAUAACAGUCGACAUGGAAAAAUUGUAGCUUUCUAAUGUGUAAAUGGGCUUUGUGAGUAAUUUUUGGAGCCUAAAUGUGCUCAAUUUAUGAAUUUCUGACAAAUUUCUUCAUUACAACAGGGUGCAAACAAAAGCCAGGGGUGCGUGAAGCCAUCUGGGCCCGGUAAUGAUAAAGCUGGUCAAUAUUAGCUCCAACCUGCAAAACGCAAUACUGUGCACAUGUCCAAGGACUCGACGAGUUGAAGAAGUUUUAUUGCGGCUUUUACUGGCCCAAAUUGGAUUGACUUGUGUAUUAGGGUAUGAGCUGAGCGCUUUAGGUCUACUCCACUGCUGAGGCACUUUUAUUCAUCAAUACUUUGGCAGAUAGACACAUCUAAACGUGUAUUACCUUCGCCAUUUUACCAUUUAAUUAUUUAUCUCUAGCGGUGGGUGACGACAGUUGUAUACUGGAAUUAUAUGCAGUCUAUUCUUGUAGUUACAGCCUUGUCCUAAAACGAACCGCAUACAGGAUUAACCUUUCAAUAGCCCAAAUGUGUACCUUUAGGAAGCAUGCAAACGUCUUUAUUCCCAAAACAGCGAAGAUAUUUGAUUAAUGUAACUCGGUGCUAAUGAAAACUCUAAAAUAAUUAUUCCAUGAUAACUUGCACAAAAUAUAAACUGUGCUGUGUUUUCAUUUAAAUGUGUUACAUAAAGAAAGACAGGCAUUAUUAUUUACAGCAAUUUUGUUGAGCUUGUGGCUUCUCUCUGGUUGUGUGAGAGACACCGACGUUUUUCUUUCUGUUCCCCCGUACUCAUUAAAGUAUAUUUUAUUUUCAUUGGUUCAUGUAAUUUUGAUGUCGUUAACACACACACACGGAAAUAUUUUGAAAAUAUGCCGAUGAAUCUAGGUGGAUUUCUAAUAAUUCAGUUUUACUUCAAACACGUGAGGUGCGAUGCUUUAGGCAAGAAUAUAGAAAAGUGAUGAAUUUUUGAACGUGUACAUUUACUAUUACGGAUAUAAUUAUCAUUGAACAAAUCGUGGAAUUUAAAAAAAAUCCUUAAAAUGGUAUACUUUUUAAACAUGCCAUAAGCAAGAAUGUCCACGUUUUUUGUUGUGUGUGUGUGUGUGUAUGCAAAGAAGACCGAUUGGCUCAAGGCUCAAGGAUGCACCAAAUAAAAUGGCUUUAAAUUUGUUUUUUUCCUUUGCUAAGUCAUUUUUGCCAGAGGCGAAUUCUCUGUAGCCUAUACAGAUAAAUAAAUGUUAUUACCACGGACUCCCGUGGCUUUAUUUGAUGUCUACUUGAUUUUCCACUUUCAGGCCAAAUCCGCCGAGUGUAAAGUAAUCUUGAUUGCUCUGUAACCAAACAGAAAAAAAACACUUAAAAAGGAAUCUUUCGACUUUACUUUUCAAAUGACAAAAAUACUAUAAUUUUAGAGUCUUGUUUUGCUGUAGUUUAUUUUUUACUUUGUUGAACCUAUAGAUUAUUUUUGAGAUGUGGUGGAAAAAAAGUGAUUUAAAUCAGUGCCUUAGUGGAGGAAAUAUACCAAAAACCCAUUAAAGGAAGCUUCUAUGAAUAGCAUUCUUUUCAAACAUAAAUAAGUAUUUUACAACUUUGAGCAGUGUUGGAUCUCCUCCCUUUUGUACAGGGUGUAUUCAUACAAGGUGAGGGAACACGCUGAUUGCUGUGCCGUCUUAGCUCUCUGCCUGGGCUCCAUGAUGGAUAUUGUUCCUAAUGCUACGUAGGUUCAGGGUGGGAGGGACUACCCAGGAUCCGGCAUUUCCAUUGGCUUAGCGGUCAGAUCGGUGGAGAGGGGGUGCUUCUAAUCAUAUCCAGCAUGUUUUGCACGAGAAAUGUCAGCCAGAAAGGGCUAUCUUCUUCCUUCGCCAAAAUACACCACAAUAAUGUCAUGUUCAGACAGUCCGUCAGGAAAUGCGUUCUUGGUGGAUUCUCUGAUCAGCGGUCGCACCGAGAGCGGCGGAGGUCACUACGCCGGGAGCGCAGUGUGCGUGCCUCACAGCACCGCAGCAGAAGUGCCUUACGGACUACACAACUAUGGAUACUUCCCAGGUAUGGCUAAACGGACAGAGGUGGGUCCGCAAUCUAUGGUUUCCGCCUCGGGUUCCUACAUGUCCAGCAUGGAGAUGUGGAUGGACGCGCAGAGGUCAUGUCGAAUGGACCAAGAGCACCCGGUGGGUCCUCAGGUCGCACCCUGCUCCUUCCCGCAGAAUAUCAAAGAAGAGAGCACCUACUGCCUGUACGAGCAGUCCAAGUGCCCCAAAGCCUCCACCGCAGAAGACUUUACAUAUUCAAGGUUAACUGCAGCCGGCCUCGGGUCGAGUUCUUGUACAGUUACCGAUGGCGGCGGCGGCGGCGGAGGCGGCGGGGGUUCAGUGCCUGUGCCGGGCUACUUCCGCUUGUCUCAGACGCACACACAUUCUCAUAAACUUUACAACACCAACGUCCCUCAGUCGAACCCUUCCCAUUCUCAUUUUGGCCCACACCCCACUGCUCCCGCUCGCUUCCACACGCCACCAACCUCGACUGCUGCUCAUGCCCCGGCGCAGGAAGAGAGGGACGCCGAGGAGCCCGCGUCCUCGGGAAACGCUGACCCGCAGCCGCACGCUGCUGCUGCUGCUGCGGCCGCCGAGGAGGCGCGGGACUCCUCGGAUGGGGAAGCCUCCUCAGCUGACGAAACAGAGGAGCAUGACAAAGAAAGACCAGCAUUGGCUAAUAAAGGAGACGCAAAAGGAGAAAGCACGGCCAACUGGCUGACGGCUAAAAGCGGCCGAAAGAAACGUUGUCCCUACACCAAGCACCAAACACUAGAGCUGGAGAAGGAGUUCCUCUUCAACAUGUACCUGACCCGAGAGCGCCGCCUAGAGAUCAGUAAGAGCGUCCACCUGACGGACAGACAGGUUAAGAUCUGGUUUCAGAACCGCAGGAUGAAACUGAAGAAAAUGACGAGGGAGAACAGAAUCCGGGAGCUUACCUCCAACUACGGAUUUUCGUGAUGAACGAGGUGAUUGCGUCCACGCAGAGGAGAAUAGGUGAAAUCAAUGACACCCACCCUCCUACACCAGUCCUCCCGCGCCACUUUGUCCACACAAUGACUCAUUUCACUGCGGGGUGCCACUUCCUUUCAUUUCCAGACACGCUCAAUAUCAGUGCAUCCCUUGUCUGUGACCUCUUGAGGGGGAAAAUGAAAGAAAAAGAAAUCAUAGAGAAAAAAAACAGACUUGUAUAAUUUUUUUCUGAUAUUGUGCUUUUGUAUUGUUGAUCCUGUUACCUCUGUUGUAUGGUUGGAUAGUGUCGUUGAAUCAGUGCGGCGAAAACACACACACACACACACUCACUCAGACACAAACACACACGUUUGUACCCUGCAGGGUGCAUGGUCUGUUCUCAUCUGUAGCCAACGGUAUUCUACCAUACUGACAAAAAAAUAUAAUUUUAUUUUUUAUUGGAAUUGGAAUUGCAUGAUAUGAAGUUUGCUGACAUCUUUUUACGCAAUUUUAAAAACCACUCUUGAGUAUGAUACCCUUACAUCUCCAAGCGGAGAGUCCUUCACCAUAUGAUGAUUAGAUGUAGUUGAUAUAGGCCCUAAUCUAUGUAUGAGUUAAAUGUAUACAUUGUAAUUUUAUUCAUGUUGAGGACCUUUACACGAACAUAUUAUAAAAAGUGAAGGAGGAAUGUUUUUACUGUAUAUUUCUGUGUACAUAUGGUAUUGUGUUUUUGUGUAAGCUUAAUAAAUUAUCAGCUCGCAC